AUGCCAUCCAGACGUACAAAAGAUAAAAUCUACACCGAAGAACAUAUAUACGUCCGUAGACUCGUAAAAAGGUCACUAUGCGAAGCCAAAUUCAGGAAUGGAAUCGGUACCUUCCUCAAACCUACUAAACUCGCCACUACUACGGCUGCUGCCUUCAGAAAACAUGCACGACGUCUGAUCAAGGAGAACCAUGUUGACAUGUACACGAAUAUCAACGCCCAGGGCAACUCUAUGGUGACUGUCGUUACUCAAUCGGAUGAUCUGGAUAUGAUUGAUGCGGAUAACGUUGAUGAACCCGAACUCGAAACUCGUUUGGAUUCGAUGAAUACGGAGUUACGUUUGAUGAAGUUUCAGCUCAACAGGAUGCGGUCGCGCAUAUUUUCGUUCAUGGAUGAGCACACAAACGCUUUGAGGACCAAAGCUAAGGAGAUUGAACAAAGUGAGAAGAAGAAGGAUAUGCUGGAUUAUGUACUCAAGCUGCGCAACGAUGAGCUGAAGAGAGUCAAGCAGGAGCAUGAUAAUGUGCAUAAGCUUUUGGUGGAAUCCGAACGGAAGGUUCACGAACAGGAAACUAUCGCACGCCAAUUGACUUGCGAUAAUGAGACGGCAACUGAGGAAAAUACGCGCUUCUUCUACAGAUUUCCGACCUUAAUAAGAAAUUGGAAAGCUCUCGAGCUGAAUACCGGUCUUUGCGUGCAUUGCAUGAAACUGUGUAUUCAAUCAGCAGUUGCUCUACCCCCGAACAAUACACACCUCUGCAAGGCCAAGUGUAUCAUUAUCACAUGGGUACCAAAGAUUAUUGCCCCUAUCGGUGGCAGUGUGCCGGACACAAUCAUGCUCGAGGCUAAGACCGAUCCGGGGUAUCCGGCGCAUACGAUUCAAACUAUAUCAAGGAAUUAG